CUCAAACAUCAAAACUCGUUGAGCGAAAACGAUUUCCAUUCUGAAAAGGCAGGGUCCUCAUAUUGUGAUUGCCAUCGAACUGUGAGCUGGUCAUCAUAAAUUACGUUUUGACGAACUGAACUAGCACUUAUCGAGAGCGUGUCUCUUUACGGAGUCAAAAUCAAGAGUUGAAGGCAGCGGGAGACCAUGGACGUGGCCCGGAUGUUACUGUGCCUGUUCUUGGUGCUGGUGUCUGAGAAGUUCCUGGUGGCUGCGUUCUCCCAGAGCCUGGUCAGCGACUUCACAUUCACACUCCCCGCAGGGCGGAAGGAGUGUUUCUUCCAGACCAUGAAGAAGGACGCGUCGCUGGAGAUAGAAUAUCAGGUGUUGGACGGAGCAGGUCUGGAUGUCGACUUCUCCCUGUCGUCUCCUACUGGACACGUUCUGUACAGCGAACACCGCAAAUCAGACGGAGUAUACACUGUAGAGACGGAGGAUGGAGACUACAUGUUUUGUUUUGACAACUCGUUUUCUGCUGUGUCGGAAAAGAUCAUCUUCUUCGAGCUUCUCAUGGACAACAUGGAACAGGAAGGGGAGGAGCCAGAGGACUGGAAGGAGUACGUCCAUGGGACCGACAUGUUGGACAUGAAGCUGGAGGACAUCAUAGACACCAUUAACAGUGUUAAAGCCCGGCUGGGGAAGAGCCUUCAAAUACAGACUGUGCUCAAAGCGUUCGAGGCUCGCGAUCGCAACCUCCAGGAAUCCAACUACGACCGGGUCAACAUGUGGUCCAUGACCAACAUGCUGGUGAUGAUGCUGGUGACGGGAGUGCAGGUCUACCUCAUCCGUGCCCUGUUUGAGGACAAGAGACAUGUGCGCACGUAACACCCCGCCCACUGGGAAGGGCCAGGGAGAGACGGACAGCUCUGUCUACACCUGCCAGCCAAUAGCGAGCAGGACUGUUGGUGAAGAUGAGAUUGUAACUCAUCAGAUUUUUAUGUACAACACUCACACACUCAUACUUUACAUCACACAUCCUUACAGACACAAAUGCCAUAUCUGUCCAGUCUCUUCCUCUGCUCUGUUCUCCUCUGUCUAGCUGCUGUUGGUCAGAGGGUCUGUGUUGGUAUCUGCUCUAUCUAUCUAAUCAUCCGUGGCGGGUGAAACACCAGCCAGACCUUCAGUUAUUGGUGUUUAAAAGCGAGCGUAAAUGAACAAGUAUUUCUAAUUUAAUGUGUCAGGACCCGGUUACGAACCCGGGUCUCCGGAGUGAGAAACAGUCACUUAACCAACUGAGCCACGAAUAGUCGGCAGAACCCAGAAGAUGAGGCAGACACGGCAGUACUUGAG